GAGCUGCUGGCUGGAGAGUACGCCUUUUACACCGCGCUGCCUCCCGCUCGAUUCUCCCAGUAGCCCGUUUGCUGUUUUCUCCCCUUCCGCGGGCCUGCAGCCCUCAAAAACACCAGCAAGCCUGUAGCCUGUAGGUCAGGGCUGCAGAAAAGGAACUGUCUGCUGUACCUGCACUUUGUAUUAGAGGCCUCUAUUCGUUUAAAGGAGGGGGCGAUAGAUAGGCUUAACGAGGGACGACGUUUAGAAAUGGGGAGGGGGCAUUGUGGCCUUCAAGUGAGCAAUUAAUUGGUUUGAGGGGAAAGGGAGUGUUGCAGGUGAAAUAGGCCAAGGUGUAUGAAGUAGUGUAUUCCCCAGUAGCAGGAAGUGGAAGGUGGGAUUGAAAAACGCAAUCCGGUAGGUGGUGGCGCACGCCUUUAAAAAAAAAAAAAAAAAAGGAAAACACAUGACAAGCCCUUCUUUUAGGUCUGGAAAUAAAGCUGGGCAAGUCUGGGCUCCUGAAGGAUCCACUGCUUUCAAGUGUCUGCUCUCAGCAAGAUUGUGUGCCGCUCUUCUCAGCAACAUCUCUGACUGUGAUGAAACAUUCAACUACUGGGAACCAACACACUACCUCAUCUAUGGGAAGGGAUUUCAGACGUGGGAGUAUUCCCCAGUGUACGCCAUUCGCUCGUAUGCUUACCUGUUGCUGCAUGCCUGGCCAGCUGCAUUUCAUGCACGGAUUCUGCAGACUAAUAAGAUUCUUGUCUUCUACUUUUUGAGAUGUCUCCUGGCUUUUGUGAGCUGUAUUUGUGAACUUUACUUUUAUAAGGCCGUGUGCAAGAAAUUUGGGCUGCACGUGAGUCGAAUGAUGCUGGCCUUCUUGGUGCUCAGCACCGGCAUGUUUUGUUCAUCGUCCGCAUUCCUUCCUAGCAGCUUCUGCAUGUAUACUACAUUGAUCGCCAUGACCGGAUGGUAUAUGGACAAGACACCCAUUGCUGUGCUGGGAGUAGCAGCCGGGGCUAUUGUGGGGUGGCCAUUUAGUGCAGCCCUUGGUUUACCCAUCGCCUUUGACUCGCUGGCCCUGAAACACAGGUGGAAGAGUUUCUUUCACUGGUCGCUGGUGGCGCUAGUUCUCUUCCUGGUGCCCGUGGUGGUCAUUGACAGCUACUAUUAUGGGAAGUUGGUGGUUGCUCCUCUCAACAUCGUUCUGUAUAAUGUGUUCACUUCUCAUGGACCUGAUCUUUAUGGUACAGAACCAUGGUAUUUCUAUUUAAUCAAUGGGUUUCUGAAUUUCAACGUUGCUUUUGCAUUGGCUCUUCUGGUCUUGCCACUGACUUUUCUUAUGGAGUACCUGCUGCAGAGGUUCCAUGUUCAGAAUUUAGGACAUCCAUAUUGGCUUACCUUGGCACCAAUGUAUAUUUGGUUUCUAAUUUUCUUCAUCCAACCUCACAAAGAGGAACGAUUUCUUUUCCCAGUAUAUCCACUUAUAUGUCUUUGUGGCGCUGUUGCUCUUUCUGCACUUCAGAAAUGUUACCACUUUGUGUUUCAACGAUAUCGCCUGGAACAUUACACUGUGACGUCCAGCUGGCUUGCAUUAGGAACAGUCUUCCUGUUUGGGCUCUUGUCAUUCUCUCGCUCUGUGGCUCUGUUCAGAGGAUAUCAUGGGCCCCUUGAUCUGUAUCCAGAAUUUUACCGAAUUGCCACAGACCCAACCAUCCACACUGUCCCAGAAGGCAGGCCUGUGAAUGUUUGUGUGGGAAAAGAAUGGUACCGAUUUCCCAGUAGCUUCCUUCUGCCUGAUAACUGGCAACUUCAGUUCAUUCCAUCAGAGUUCAGAGGUCAGCUACCAAAGCCUUUUGCAGAGGGACCACUGGCCACUCGGAUUGUUCCUGCUCACAUGAAUGACCAGAACCGAGAGGAGCCUUCCAGAUAUAUUGACAUCAGCAAAUGCCAUUACUUAGUGGACUUGGAUACCAUGAGAGAGACACCUUGGGAGCCAAACUAUUCAUCCAACAAAGAAGAGUGGAUCAGCCUGGCCCAUAGACCAUUCCUGGACGCAUCUAGGUCUUCAAAGCUAUUUCGGGCAUUCUAUGUCCCCUUCCUGUCGGAUCAGUAUACAGUGUAUGUGAACUACACCAUCCUUAAGCCUCGGAAAGCAAAGCAAAGCAGGAAGAAAAGUGGAGAGUGGAGGAGAGCAGAAGCCGCUCCCAGAAGAGCUGAGAGCCCUUGACUGGCUGUGUGUGCUAGCAGUUCUGCACACUCUGGCCUGGCGUCUGGGAACUAGCAAGCCUUCUUUAGGGUACCUGGUUUCUCCACCAAAGCUGUUUGGCAGCUCCUAGCAGACCUUGUUCAAAUCCGAGUGCUGAAAAGCACAGCCUAGUCGCCAAGUGACAUGUCCUUUCACCUCCCGCAAGACGCAUUGCAGGACUGCAACCCUGGCCUGGGAGCUCAGGAAAAAGGCGACCACUGAAGAACUGUGACCUAAUCUUAUUAUUUAUGAUGCCUCUAAUUUUCAUUUUAUUUUCUUUAAAAUCAAUAAUAAUCAUAUGGCUAUUUGUGAAGGGUUUUAAGAUUUUAAAAAAAGUUUCAGCAUGAUAUAUCUUGAAUCCUAGACUCUGUACAACUAUAUUGGGCAUCUUUGGAGAGAAGUAUAUCAGUAGAGUUGGGUGACAUCAUAUUUUAAAGUAGCUUGAGGCCAUUUUGCGGACAUUGAGAAUUCCUUUGUGUAAAAUGACAGCCCUGGUGAAAUGAAAAGGACAGUGUGUAUAUAUAGCACCCACACUUCAAUUCUGCUGCAAGGUGUCCUUGAGCAGGCACGUCUAGUUGCAUAGGCGGUGGUAAGGACUACCAAAGGCUGCCUGUUAGUUCCCCUUCCCUUUCAAUACGGCACAAUGUGUAAGACAUUUCCUCAGUGUCUCAUUUGAUCCCCAGCCACUGCGAGGACCCACUUCACAGAAGAGGAAGCAGAUGAGGGGGACAGGAGAAGUGGCUUGUCUCUUGUCAUAUGUGUGGGCAGGAAGUCAUAGGCCUGGGUGUCGAAUCCAGGCUGUCUGACUUCUCACGUUCUCAGACUAUCCAUGCCUCUCCUCCACCUAUGAAACACGACUUGGGAGGAGGAUUAGAUUGACCACAGGCCACGUUUGUUUUGCCAAUUUCUGUUUUAAGGAAGAUGUUAGGUACAGUUCUUUGAGUCCUUUGGAGCCUGUGGGUGACACCUCACUUAGCAGUGCUUUGUGGUAUUGCCAGACCUCGGUAGGAAGGUCCUGACUCUAUAACCCACAGGAUCUUCUGCAUACAGGCUUCUUGUUGUCCCUGUGGGCCAUGUUACAGGUGCCUUAUUUCCUUUAAGGGUGACAGGUUCUAGUAGUGCAGAGGGUAGAUCUGAUUUUCAAGGUUUCCAUUUUCCUGUUUCCUUUUUUUUUCUUUUUAAGGAAAGUAACUUUCUAAUGUGAAUUAGUCUCAAUAAAAGAAUAAAGAGGACAGAAAAAUAAGUAGUUAAAUGAAAAUAUUUACUCUUGGGGGUUCCCCCUCUGAAAGAAUACCGAUUGGAGUUGAUGAAGCAGAGGUGAGGCAGCAGGUUCAGACAUACAGAAUGACAGCUGCACAGGAAGAAUAGACCACAGCCCUACUGUGCGCAUGGUCCCUGAAAUUCUGUUCUCAGCACCUGAUCACCACUUUCCAAGGCAAACAGUGGGGUGUGAUCUGAAGACCAGAACUGCAGUGAAGCCUAUCUAUCUCAGAAGCCGAGGCCCUGUAGGAUGCACAGAAGAGUCGAUGAUGGGGUUCAGAGUGUUGUUCGCAUGUUUACUGUGUGGAAGACCCAGGGUUCAGUUCCUUUUUUUUUU